UUCAUCAUGGUCGCCCCUACAGAUAUCACGAUGGCCAGAUACUGUCAAAAGUCGUAAUUUACCUAGAAUUAAGUCAAUUAAUUAGAGAAGAUGAGUGAUUGCACGUCAAAAAUGAAAGAAUAGAGUUCCAAAUCUCUAUGUGAAUUGAUAACUUAAAAUAAUUUCAUAUUCAUAGAAGGAAUAAUAAUCAUGGCCCAGUGCAAGUUAACCCCACAAGAGUUUAUCACUAACAGUUUUUCACCUCAGAUUGCUGCCGUUUGUUCAACUGCUGCAGAAAAUACUUGUCAAAAAAAUAAUUUGACAUUUAUAGAACUGCUACAACCGUUUUGUAAACUCAAUGCUGAAGGGCACAUCAAAGAUCCACAAGGGGCGGCUGUCACAGUUCGUAACCUUCGUUUAUCAGUCCAAGAUGUAAACGUACGUCCACCACAGCCUACUUUGGCUCGAAAAAUGCUUAAUGAGUCCGUCAGCUCGUCACCAUGUGAACGAACAACAAUUGUGCAAAUUGGGACAACUAACUUGGAGAUUCCUAUGUCCGUCCCAUGGUUUGAGUCCUGGAGAGAGAUGCUUUUGGCUGUACAGUUUCCAUCUGAUCACGAAUUUACUAAACAUUUUCUGGCAUGCAUGAUCAUUGUUUCGACCGCGGAUGAUAAUCCAUUGGAAAAGAUUCAGCAUAUGGGUGCGCAGCUGAAUCAGAGUGUACCUGGAAAACUGCCAAAAUGGUUCAACAAUAAUGCUUUGAGAUAUUAUAUAUUGAUUCAUGAUACUUUUCAAGAUGAUAAAAAUAAGGCAGAAACAGUGUACACAGAUAUGAAGAAUAUUUAUGGACCCAACAAUUGUUUCUUAUUACAAAUGAACUCAAGACCACCAGGUCCAUCGGACGAUACUACACAUUUACCAGAUCCUUGGUGUCAAUUCUUAAGUAAACAUUCAGACUUAUCAGAAAGCAGCGAGCAAAGUAGCUCUCCUAGAACACCAGCAGAUACCAGUGGAGUAUCUGCAAUGCCUAGUCAGGUUACGACUGAACCAGACAGAACAAGUCUGGCUGGCACCCCAAUAGCGCCACGUAAUCCAAUGUUGGGUUCUCCCGAUGUAUGUGAUACAAUAAGCCUUUCAUCAGAGACCGCCGAAUCUACGAUUGGUCCACUUGAAGUUGGACAGGAAGCAGUCCCCGUUACGACUCAUCCAUUGAGUCCAGAGAAUGAGAAAUCCUCGUACAAUUUUGUACCAUCAGUAACCCUGAAAAAUCAAAUAGAAAAUAAUACUCCAAUUAAUGAUAACGUUUGGGCAGAUUCACCUAGUCAGCCAACCAUUCAACAUGGUAUAAGAUUAUCCUCCCAGGAUUUAGAGAGAUUGCGAACAUUGAUUACAGAAUUUUGUUUGAAAAGUUUACUACCAUAUGUGGAAAAACAAAUUGGUCUGCUCAAUGACGUUAUUUCCAAUAAGAAAGGCGUUAGUAGGUCCUUAUUUAGUGCCACAAAACGUUGGUUUGUUACUAACAAGCCCGGCGCACCUGGGACUGCCCCAGCAAAUGCAGUGAUCUACACUGCUGAAUCCCCGGAACUUCAACUCCGGAGAUUAGGAGACCUUUGCUUCAUGUUUGGCCACUACUCUCUUGCCUACCAAGCUUAUCACAGUGCAAAGCGCGACUUUGCAGCUGACCAAGCGUGGCUGUAUUAUGCAGGUGCUUUAGAAAUGGCUGCAUUAAGUGCUUUCAUGCAAGGCGAAAUGACUAGGAAGUCAAUUGAGUAUAUGGAUGAUUCAAUUUCAACGUACUUGAACAGUUGUAAAGUACCACAAUUUGCGACCAGAGCUACUUUGUUGAGUGCCGAAUGCCUUAAAGGUCGUGGCUUGUAUGGUGAAGCUGCGAAACAAUUGAUCCGUAUGACUAGUGAAGACUCAGACUUGAGAUCAGCUGUUCUUUUAGAACAGGCUGCAUACUGCUUUAUUGGGUCAAAAAUGAUGCGCAAAUAUGCAUUCCAUAUUGUAUUGGCUGGACAUCGGUAUUCCAAAGCUGGACAAAGGAAACAUUCUUUGAGAUGUUAUCAGCAGGCCUACCAGGUGUACAAUAAUCGGGGCUGGUCAUUAGCUGAAGAUCAUAUACAUUUUACAAUUGGUAGGCAAGCUGCAUCAUUGAAACUAGUCAAAGAUGCUGCUAAAGCUUUUGAAAAGUUACUUAAUGCUUCUAGCAAACAGCCAGCACCUCAACAGGCAGCUUUCCUCAGAGAAUUUCUUCAUAUUCACAACCUACUAUUCAAGGAGGAAAUUAGAGAAUCGAUGGUUGUACCGAUUCUACCCUUGCCACUGAUUAAUUCGAAUGAAAUUAAGGUAUUAUUUGGCCCAUUGUCGAAAUCUGAGAAAGACACCAUUCCAGCAAGCCAUGUUUCCUUCGAUAGUCAAGAUGUAGAGGACGUUCGAUGGUCGAAACUGGAGGAAAUACUAAUAACAGAAGUUUUAGGGUCUGUGCCAAUGAUAUUCAAACCAACUGUUGUUUUAUACUCUGACAAAAGCAACAAUUCUACGAAGCCAAAUGCGGUUCUGAACGAACCCGUACACUACUCCAUAGAGCUGCAUAAUCCAUUACACAUACCACUACCAUUAUCUAAAGUAAAGUUAUUGUGGUCUUUCAUAAAUCAUAAAUGUGAAGAAGACUUUAAAAAUGAAGGAAGCGCUAAAUCAACUUCAGAUCUACAACACAGUAAUAAAGAAUUUGAAACACAAUCAGCGCCGGUAGAAAGUCAUACUAUCGAAGCAAUUGUGUUGCAGCCAAAUUGUAAACAAAGGAUCGUCCUGUCUAUAACUCCGAGAAAAAUUGGAGAAAUUAAAGUAUUGGGAGUGAGCUACAAUUUAUCUAAUCCUAAUCAAGCCGUUGCUGAUCAACCGAUAGUCAAUCCAUGUAUUAGUAUAGCUGGUAAAAGGCUGUUCGAACUACAAGGGCCAAAGUUGAAAAAUGUUAAGGAAAAACCAGGAGCAAAAUUGUACGGAGAAGACUACAGAUUGGAAAUGAAUGUUGUUAACAGCGCUCCAUUUGCGCAAUUGUCAUUCAGUAAGUUAUCAACUGAGAUGUUGUGUGGUGAAAUGCAAAGGGUUGAAGUUACUCUAAAAAAUAUUGGCAAUUCACCUCUGACAAACAUUCACAUCGGUUCUACAAAUCCCAAACUAUUCUCCUUGGAGAAUCAUCCAAUUGCCUCUAAUAACGCGAAAGCGAGUCUUAUAACAAAAAUACAUCUGCCACCAUCAACCAAUGGAGUUUUAAAUGUCGGAGAAACGUACACGAUGCCGUUAUGGGUACGAGCACCACACGAGAAGGGGAGUCACCGGCUGGAUUUGUUAUUCUAUUAUGAGAAUUCAAAGCCUAAAAGUACUCCAAAGUAUAGACUAACUCGGCAUACAUGGCAUCUAACAGUUUUAAAUUCACUUCAAAUAUCAGCAACUGUUCGUCAAAGUGCAGUAGUUAACAAAGAAACGCUUCCUACCUUGAAUUUGAUUGUACAAGUCAAAAAUACAAAUCAAGUUCAUGAUCCGUUUAUGAAUGAGAUAGCCCUUAGUAAAGUAUCUUUCAAAAGUAAUUUAUGGACACUAGCAGAGUCGACAGUCUUACCAAUGAACAUGAAAAUACAGCCUCAAGAAAUAUCACAUUUUUUCUUGAAGUUGUGUAGAAGAAAAGAGAAUGCGCCUGAAUUCUCAGACGUCUCAUUAAUAACUGACAAAUCUUCUGAGUCAGUUAUGGAUUCGCCGUACAUAGAUUUUAUUCAGCGAAGAAAUAUUAGACCAUUGAAUUGGAGUGAAGCACAAAAUGAAACACAGCACCAGCAACAAGUUCAGGUACCUGAAAAAUCCCCUUUUGCUGAUUGUAUGACUGUGGAUUCAACAAUAAUCUUGCGAUGGAGUGCAAGUAUAACAGAAGGAGGAGCUUUAACCAGACAUGUAAUUGGUCAGCAUCACAUGGACCUAGAUGUUUUAAAUAAGACCUAUAAGCAUCCGGAAGAACCGAAAACAGAACAAGACGAAUAUGGUGGUCACCUUAGAAUUUUCGGACCAGACAGAAAUGUACCUGAUUCAACGACUAUUACAAGGAAAGAUGAUUUCACUGAGCUGGAGUUACAGCAAAGCUUAGUCAUUUUUGCACUGCAUCAUGUUCGACAAGCUGCACAUAACUUUAAACUAAGUCGGUUGUGCGUUGUACCAGUACAGCUCCGUUUGCAAAACAAUUCAGGAACUGCAGUUGACGUGAAAAUUGCUACAGUUGGAACAAGCAGCCAAUCUCAAUUACCUAGUAUAAAGUCCCAACUGUACUCGCCGCAGGGGUCUACUUCUUUUAGAUAUAUAUCUCAUACAGCUGUUAAUUGUCAGCUGGAACCACAUGGCUGUCACUCAGCUACGCUGCAGGCAUUAAUAACAUCCCCUGGGACCUAUGAUUUGACAUCCAGAAUCGAGGUAUCUGUAAAAGUUGUAAGUAGUAGAGAAUUUAUACUCCAAAAAUGGAGACUAGAAAGUGUAUGUAUUGUCAGUGACGAUAGUUUGUAAAAAAAUGUCAUCAAAUUCAAAAAUUGUUUCCAUUGAAUAAUAAUCAGUUCAAACUUAGCAAUAUUUAUUUGUAAUCAAACAAAUCUAGAAUUAAACCAGACGCUUCAAGCCUGGUUUUGAUUUACUAGCUUAGCCAUUCCAUCCGUUCUAACACUUAGCUGUCAACCAAUUGAGGACAGAUAUCUGCUAGCUAUGAACUUGUAACCGUAAUUAGAAUGUUAUUCAUCCAUGAAAUUCGGAUAAUAUACGAAAAUUUGCUUUGCUUAGACACAAAACUACAAAUUGUUACUCUCGAUUCACACACGCAAGUAAUGGUGAAUACUUCUUCUAGAACAUCCUUGUGCAUCCCGGUAGGGUCAGUAGAUAUGUUGCUGUUCAAACAUGAAAUUUGCUGAUAAUUUUGACAUAAUACACGUUAAAAAAAUAUUUUGCAUACCGGAAUAGCAUGUAGAAUUGACCGGCACUAUGAUUAUGGAAAUACUAUCACCCGCAAUUGAUAACCCAGUAAAGUUAAUCAAUUAAUUUCAUAAUUGGAUGGAAAUUUUUUUUACAUCCGUACACUGUUUGCACCAUUCUGUGUUGAGGGUUAAGGGUAAAUAAAUUGUCAAUAUACGCUCUAUUAGACCAGAUGUAUCUUCCUGUAGAGUUGAACAAUGAAAGGAUUAAACUAUUCAUUCACCAUUGUUGAGAUUUUGUAUCUGAUUUCAUCAUGUAAUUGUUUGUUUCAAGAAACAUUGAUGAAACAUGAUUCAACUUUAUGGUAUUAUAGUAUAGCAUACACACAUAUUGUAGACAAUAGAGUUAACAAUAAGUAGGUAAGCUGUUCUCCAGGAUUAUUAAUUAGCCGAGAAAGCUCAAAUAUUUGACCUAUAGAAUAAAUGACAAAAAAAAUUUUAAUUCAUUGUACAUGAAUACGUCAUAUCAUCAUAAAAUCAGAUGAUAUUUUAACAAAUUUUAAUUAUUCUACUUCAUUUAAGGUGCUUAUGGUAUACUUUAACCGGAUGUACAUUCUAUAGAUGCAACUUAAACUACGAAUAAAUAAUAUAUUACCACUGUAAAUAUUAUUGCAUAUAAGUAAUUGAUUAACGCGAAUAAAAAUAUUUAUUGGAUGUUACAUUUUUAAUUUCAAUCUAACAGUCUUUAUGUUUGAUCAGUAGAUACGUAUAACAUAUUUUUUUUGGUUUUCGAGAAAAGUUACUUUGUUACACGCAACAGUUUUGUAUACAAGUUAGAGCCGAUAGAUUGUGCCUAUUUCAGAAUAACACAGAACUCAACUAAGUAUUUUAUAGAUUGAAUUUACUUUUAGAUUGAAAAUGAAAUCCACUUAGAUAGUAUACAUCUGUUUUUCUAAUGCGGUGUAUAGCGGUUUUGAAAAAAGUCUCAUAAAACCAUUGACAUAGAUGAUAGAAAACUAAGAAUGUAACACCAUUUGUUAACUAAACUAAUUAAUCUCAUAAGUGAAAAUUGUAAAAGGUCCCCAAUAUCCUUAUGUUGGAUUUAUAUAUUCCGAUUACAUAAAUUUAUAACUAUAAAUAAUGUAAUAAAAAUACUUAUUAUACAGUU